AUGAGAGAGAUGGGGAGGGAGGAGAAGGAAGAUGAGAGAGAUGGGGGAGGGAGGAGAUUGGGGAGGGAAGAUGAGAGAGAUAUGGGAGGGGAUGAGAUUGGGGAGGGAGAUGGGGAAGGGCUAAAGGGAAGGGGAGAUGGAUUUUUUUGUUUUUUUUUCACCAUGAUGUAUUUAUUGUCUUCCGCUUUCGUUCUCUCAGUUUUAAUAAUGGCGACACAACAGCAAGAUCCAAACUGUCCUUAUUCUGACGGAUAUUUCGAAGAUGCGAGCGACCUUCGCUUCUUCUUUCACUGUGGAGGCGGCGUGGGGAUGCCCAAUAACGACUGUACCAGUUUUCUGUCGUGUGUCGGGUGGAUUCCCUACGUAAUGCAGUGUCCAGACACCACGUUUUGGAACGACCGCGAUGGUUCUUGUGGAGCCUAUGUUAAUUCUACAUGUUUUAAUGGAUAUUAAGUUAAAUACCAACUUAAAAUCAAAUAUUAAAAUCCUAUUUUGAAGGUGAAACGUGGAUGUCGUUGAGCCAAUUUAAUAAAAUUAUUUCU